AGUUCUUAGUUUAAUAUUUGGUUUAUUAAAAGUAGUUUUUUGAGCUUCGGAGCUAACGUCCGAUGCUUUCUAGUUGUGUAAACGCUGAGCUUCACUGUUAGUCCGUUAAACUUGGAAAUUCCAGAGUAAGUCCUAUUGCAUGAUUAACACCGGUUUGUGACACGAGAGCUGCUGAUGGUGUUCCCUGGAGAUCAGGAUGUUUACUGCCGCCUCACAGGAAAGAUCCCGUGAUGGAUCGUCUCAGAGCCGUGGUAAAGAUGUUGCUAGGCCUGGUCACAAGGCGAAGAAAAAGACUCACUCUCCUAAAGUGACUUUACCACCUCUGUGCCCGGAGCCGUUUUGUAUCUUAUCAGCUUCUGCAGCCAAGCCCCUGUUCAGUUGUUCCUCUCUCCUCAAAAAUGUCCACUCUGAUGGACAUUUGUCAUUGGCAGACUUGCCUCAUAUUAUUGCUAAAGUAGGACCUGGGAUAGCCACAGGCGACACAAAAUGGAAAGAAGGACCUCAAUUAAUGGCUUCAACACUAGGGACAGAAAUCCCUGUUAGAAUUACUCAGUCGACAACAGAGAGUAUUCAGGAAAAAGGUGAAUCAAAAACAGCCAAAGCUUGCAAGUAUAAAAAGAUAGCAACCUUGAAACAUGGGAGGGCUACCAAACCAAGUAUAUCUCCCCUCACUGGUGCAGAAGUUGUUCAAAUUUUGUUUCAGAAAAGAGACCUGGGAGAAUAUGAGAUUUAUUACCUCAAAACAGUAGAUGGGGAUGCUUACAGACCCUAUGACCUGCGAGUUGUCCAUUCCAGUGAAGCUGGUCCUGAGCACUAUGUCUUCACCCUUAAAACUGUCCUGCAUGUUACCCAGACGGGUAUUGGUGGAACUGUCAGUCUGGCAGAGUGGUAUAGGCAGUAUGUGCUGUGGACAGAUUUGCAGAAAAUUGCAUUUUUCAGGGACUUUAGACUGCAGAAAGCUUUUUUCUGGUGGCAUCAAAACACACGCAAGAGAAUUUUUCAGCGCCGGAGCAAGAAUCUGGAGGACAUGCUGCUCAUAGCUGUACCUCAGUUCAGGAAUGCCCUGCAUCUAUUAAAAGGAGUAAUUGAAGAACUAAAAGAGACACACUGGAUGCCUCUGGAUGUCUGUGAAUGCCACACAUUGACGGAAUUCAAGAACAUACUGAUAAGCAAGAAUCAAGAGUGUCUGCAGAUAUUGGAGAAGUUAUCACAGUAUCACACUCUCACCCUAAAUAUGGUGAAAGAAGACAGCUAUAAGAAACACCAGGAGCUGCAGCUACACUUAAAACUCGCUAACGAUCCAAAGAGCUUCCACAAACCCAUACAUUUGCUCAUGGCUCAUCAGCGCAAGCUGAAGAAAGAGUUGGCCCAGUCUGAAAGCACCUUGAAGAAAUUGGGAAAUUUUGCAGCUCUUGUGCAUCAGAUGAUUGUGCAGAGUCUCGUGACAGUCAUACUAGAAGAUGCUUUUUCAUUUCUCGAUCUUUUAAAGAGGAAGGAACUGCCAAAGUGCUGUCUCUUCCACACCGAGCUGCGUUUCAGUGCUGAUAAUCGGCUGACGGUGGAGCCGCCAAUACAUCUGUUCAAAGAAGCAGUGAGCCAAGCACUUCUCACUGUAGGCGACUCUAUUAUUCAGAAAUGUGAUGACUGCGGGUUUUUCCUAGAGGUCAGCAAAGAUGUGUUAAUCUCUGCUCAGGAUUUAGAUGAUGACUUCAGCUGUAUUAACCCUUCUGUAAAUACAGUGGACAAAAACACUGAUGAGAACACUAGUCAGUUUCUGAGAGAUAUGUCAGCUUGCUGGCAGACACUGCCUAAAGUUGCUUUUCCAGUGGUGCAAGGCAACAUGGUGCAUGGCUGCUACUCUCCUCUCUCCAAAAGCCAGCUAGAGUGGCACAUCAGCAUCAAUGACAUCACAAAAGAAGUUGAGAAGGAGCAGUCUAAGAUCAUGCAGGAAGCCGAACUAGAGAUCCAACAGCUGUAUGAGAGCUACGCAUGGAUGGUGCAGAUCCAUUUGUUUAUUUGUCAGUGGAGUCGAGCCUCUUUGGAAUCCAUGAGGGGUCGGCCUGCGUCAGUGUACGAGGAGAACAUUAGGAAGGUGCGCAACUGGGCUGAAAGAAUCAGUGUAGCUGACUCGUCAUUUUCUUCCUCCAAUCAGCUGUUCGUCAUCCACUGCACCCACACAAAGGAAGCUCUAGGGCAACGGCUGAGGUUCAUCGAAGAAGAAGUGCAAGAGCAACUAGUUGAGCAGAUAAGGAAGGAGUCAGAGAGCCUCAUAUCAUAUUUGGAGGGAGCUACUUCUGAACUCAAGACAGCACCUCAAGACUUGCGUGACUUCUCAAAAUAUGCUCUUAGGGUGAGGGAAUUUGUGAAGGUCUUGCCUGACAAACAGAAACAUUUGGAGUACAUUCAGUCUCUUCAAAACACAAUUUGCAUGAACUAUAGGAAUAUGACAGAGGCGGAGUUGACUGUGGAAGAAAAGAUGCUGAACUUGUGGAAUUGCUUUAUUCCCCUGUUGAAGGAAGCAGGCGACCUUGUUUGCUGCCAUCAUCCUUCAAUGGCUAAAGCACUGGACAUGAUGUUCUCAUUUCUGUUCUGUGACCUUAAAAAUAUCGUCUCUGACUCUACAUCUGGACCCUUCCUUGAUCCUGGCCAAAAUGCCAAAGAGAUGAUGUCCAAACUGAACUACAUGUGCAUGCAUUUAAACACUCUCAGUGCAAAGCUGGAACUGCUUAGUAGGAGCAGUCAAGAGAUGGGAGAACAUACAAUAGAUCUCACCGUAUUGACCACAGAUGUUCAGAAGGUCAUAGCCCGCAAAGACUUGUGGGAACUGAUAGCAGUCUAUACUACAUGGCUGGAAGAAUGGAAGCCAAUGGUUUUUAGUGAGGUUGUGGUCUCUGAAGCUCAGGAUAAAAUUACAGAGUGGAAGGAGCAGGCUCAAUCUUUAACAAUCACCAUACCUGCCAGUGAUGCAGUGCUGCAGGAGAUUUUAGGAUCUCUGGAAAACAUAAGCCAUCAGCUUUUAGUCCUGGCCAAGCUACAGAGCCCCACACUGAAAGGAAAACACUGGAGAGCCAUUUUAGAAGACCUGGGCCUAAAAUAUAAAUCAGAGAAGAAUGUGACUGUUGCUGAUCUCAUGUCUCAACAACUUGAAAGUCAUCAGAAUCUGAUUGACAAGAUAUGCAGAUGUGCACACAGGGAGUGUGACAUGAAGCAAACUUUCCAAAAGCUUUGUCACAGAUGGGAAGGCAAACUCUUUCAGUUGGAUGUAUUUGCUCCCCUUUGCGUGGAAACACGGUGCAAACACACUGGGAAGACCACAGAAGGUGCCCUUCUCAAUGUGCUAACUGACAGGAAACCCCCCAGUGAUCCUAGAUUUACUAUAGAUCUGGGAGUACACUUUGCUGAGAUUGAGACCAGUUUGAUGAUGCUGUCCACAAUGUUAAAGUCCCCAUACAGUGUUGAGUUCAGGCUGCCGCUGGAGGACUGGAUUCAAACACUACAAGAACUUGAGAAGCUGCUUGCUUUACUUGAAAGAUAUCAGCAAAUGUGGGCCUUCUUAACCAACGUGCUUGGUGGGACAUUUUUCCGUACUCAAAGAAUGGACCUGCUGAAGCAUUUUCAACCAGUUGAUGAGACAUUCGAGGAAAUGAUGACCUCUAUAUCAAACGAACCUCGUGUGUUGAACUUAGUUUCCACUGAAACAAAUGAGAGAUUUCGUGGUGAUAGCCUUUGCCAGGUUCUUCUUAAUGGUUUGUCUGCAAUGGAAGUCAUUUCAAAACAAAUGUCAGAUCUUCUUGAUGACCUCUGUGAAGAGUGUCCCAGAUUCUGGUUUUUGAGUGAAGGGGAAGUGAUGCAGAUACUCUCUUUGGACCCAACACCUUUUGAAUUUCAACCCUUUGUUAAAAAAAGCUUUAAAGGGGUUCAUUUGCUUGAAGUUGACUGUGAAAUACAAAGAGAUGGUGAUUCUAUAUCUGAGUGCCAGAGGCAGAUGAAGGUGCUGGGUAUUUUUGGCAGCUUCCAAGAACACGUUGCCUUUCAGUCUCCUUUAGAACCAAAUGCGGACGCUUUGAAGUGGUUUUGUAACUUUGAGAAAGAAUUAAAGUUGACCAUGGUACAGCUUCUGACACAGUGUGCUGCUGUGAGAAAACAGCUCGAAUCAUCCAGUCAAAAUUUAGCAAGUGACACGAAAGCUAGAGACAACCAGCUCUCCAGUGCGGUAGCUGUGCUGGGCCUGCUUUCUGAAUAUCCUCUUGAGUGCCUUCUGGUGGUGGAGAAGGCAAUGUGGUGCAGUGUUGUUCUACAAGCUUUCCAAGAAUCGAGCUCAGUGAAGUUCAGCACCAUAAAGGCACAUGUCGCCGCAAAGCUGAAAGACCUUAGCCAUUAUAUAAGAGACGGAGUCACAGGAUCUAAAACUGGAACUCAAGUUUCCAAGUACAUAAUGAUGUGUCUGCGAGCUUUACUGCAACUUACAAUGAAUCAUGCAGAGCAACUACAUCGACUGAUGGAUGUUCCGUGUGCGCGGGAGUCAUCUUUUGAAUGGCUGAGUUGUAUGAAAUAUUAUAUUAACUCAGAGGAGAAUAAUGAUCCAACAUGUUUUGUGGAUAUUUUGGGCCAUCAGCUCCAGUACAGCUUUGAAUACUCUGGCCCAGGAGAGUGGGAGAUGGUGCAUACCCCUUGCACAGACCGGGCAAUACUAGGGAUUGUCAUUGCUCUGACAACCUACAGAUGUUGUUCUGUGGGUGGCCCUUCCAUGUCUGGAAAGAAAAAUACUGUGAUCCAGUUAGGAAAAGCGCUGGGGCGACAGGUUGUCCUAAAACAGUGUUAUCCAAGCAUGAUGCCUCGUGUUAUUCAGCGGAUGUUGGUUGGGGCCCUUCAGGCAGGGGCAUGGCUUGUGUUGAACUCUGUGGACUUGCUAACACACAGUGAUCUGUCAAUACUAGGACAGCAUCUUGUUGACAUACACCAGUCCUUCAACAUGUUAAGAAGAAAUAAAAAGGAGAGGCUAAAUUGUGAGACAGAGAUAAAAAUUUCUGAUGGGGUUGCGGGGUUCACAAAUGCUGCUGAGUCAGAAUGUCACAUGACACUUGCAGGAAAACACAUUUCUGCCAGUCUCGGCUAUGGAUGUGUUGCCAUCUCAUCAAAAGAAAAUAUAUCUAGAGUUCUUGAAAGUCUGCGAUUUGCUACAAGAUCUGUUGCAUUAACACGUCCAGAUUACAGAAUAAUUGCCGAAGUAAUGCUAACUUCCAUUGGUUUUUCAGACGCUAUGUCGUUAAGUCAACGUCUGGUGUCCCUCAUUAGCCUGGCUCAAGAGUCCCAUUGUCUACCUGAUCUUUUCUCUGACAAUGACAGCUGCUUUCUUGUUAUCCUGCAAAAGAUCAUCUCAGCUUCUGAAAGACAUUUGCAGCAGGUUGUAAGGAGACGAGAAAAUUCAAAGGAGUCCAAAGAUUCGCUCGACACUGAUCUUAUGUCGUCACAAAAUGAGCCUAUCAAACCUUUUGAGGAGGACGGAAGGAAAACUGAAAAGCCUCCAAAGUCACACCGUUGUUAUUUGAUGGUUGUACACAGUUUAAUGGAAGAGGAAGCAAUUGUCAGAGCCAUUCAUUCUGUAUUGCCGCCUGAGAAGAAAGCCACCUCACAGUUCUACAUCCUUUUCAAAGACGCUUUUCCUAUAGCAUGCCAGUUUCCGCUUGUCCAACAAUUUAUUGAAGAAGCUGAAAAGAACCAACUUGAAGAUGCACUUAGAGAAGAAAUACAACAAAAACACUUCUGUUGUGACACAGACAUCAUUUGCAAUGCUCUUACACUCUACCAGACCAUGAAAUUGUCUCAGGCAGUUUUGCUUAUAGGGCCCCCCGGGAGCGGAAAAAGCACCUGUUACACUGCUCUGACUGGAGCACUGAAUAGCCUGGCUGCUAAGACAGUGGAGUUGUUUUUUGACAAGGAAAAUACGAUUGAUGCAGGCUCUCCACAGGCAGAUCAAAAGAUAUCUCUUUCAAACUGGAGCUUUGUUGAAACUUUAGUCUUAUUUCCUAACGCUAUGUCCCAUGAUGAGAUAUUUGGCUGCUUCUGUGAAAAGAGAGGAUGGAUAGAUGGAGCUCUGGCAAAGGUGCUGCGAGAUGCAGGACGGCGUGAGCAUGCAGGCUUUAAACUCUGUAACAAUGAGAAGAAAACUGAUGAGACAGUAGUAGUGAAGUGGCUGGUGAUGGAUGGGGAGCCUGUGGGGCAGCCCGGCUGGUUAGAUUACCUGACCACACUGUGCAGGUCUCAGGAUGCCUUUCUGGGUCUGUCGUCAGGUGAGACAUUGUUGUCUCAGUCGAAACUAAAGCUGCUUAUGGAAGUCACUGACCUAUGCAAUGCAAGCCCCUCUGCAGUGACCCGCUGCAGCCUUGUUUAUGUCACAGGAGAUGAUCUGUGGAAGUCUGUGUGGAAGAGUGAAAUUGAUGCUCUCUCCUUUAAAUACAAACUAGAUCAGAGAAUUGUGAAAAUGUGGAAUCACUUGGCUGAAGAUCUUUUCUCUAGCACCCUUCAUUUGCUUGGGCAAAGGAGUUUAACCUCUGCAAUCCACACUGAAAGAAAAUCUUGCAAAGCCCCCACAUACGGACUGCAAGAAGUCAUGUCAUUUGUCAGGAUCCUGCAUGCCCUCCUACAACAUUUUGGAAAGGAAGUAGAAAAACCUGAGUCAGUGGCACAUAUCGACACAACAGAUAUGCCUCCAGCAGCCACAGGUGCCCAAAGUAAGCAGGAGCAGCUCAGCAGAAACAUUUUUCUCCUGGCUUAUAUCUGGGGAUUUGGUGGUCGCCUUCAUUCUCGCCACUGGCCACAGUUUGAUUUAUUAGCCCGCCAAGUGCUCCUAACUUGCAGAUACAAAAUUGUGGUCCCUGAUGAAGUCAGUGUGUAUGAACACUUCUUUAGUAUUGACACUAAGAUGUGCCCCAAGAAUACGCUGUCGACAGACUCUGUCAUCCCAAUGUACAGGAAAUACACAUAUCUCCUGAACCUCAUGCUGGAGGCAAAGCAGCCAGUUUUGGUUUCUGGAGAGCCUGGCUCUGGAAAAACCACACUGUGCCAAACUGUGCUGACUUUUAACAAGCCGCACAUUAACCUACCAGCCAGUCCACUUCUGAGCUCCAGAGACUUGCACACUAUACUGAAAAGCAUCAGAUGCCAGAAGAACUGUAAAGAGACUACUGACUUCACGGCAAACCAGCCACGCUUGUUUUUGUUUGUUGAUGAUUUACAUGAAGCCCCCUGUGACGUCUUUGGAACGUCUGCAAUGGCUCUAGAGACACUAAGACAGAGUAUUUCAAAAGGAGAGAUUCUAACAUUUGACACCUACAGCUCCAAGUUGUUACAGUCGGGAACUAUCAGCUACCUGGCUGCAUGCUGUAUAUCUGGAUUGGAUCAUUCCCACAGCGGUGUUAUAUCCCCACGGCUCUCACGCCUGUUUUCUAUCUUUGUGCUUGAUGGCGUAUCCCCAGACAUUUUAAUGUCUAUCUAUUCUCCCUGGCUAAAAAUCUGGCUCAGUGAAAUGCCACUUAAUAGGCACAUUGGUGAGGAUAUGUCAUCUUCCAUUGUCACUGCUACUAAUGAGCUGUAUCAUGCAGUAAGUGACAGAUUUCAGCCCUCUGUGCAGAGGCCUCAUUUCAUAUUUUCCCAUCGUGAUCUUCAGAAGGUGUUUCAGGGGAUGUACCUAUGGAGGUCUGUAAUCUCAAACAAGCAGAACAAGGAGGUUUCACAACCAGGCUUUCCUCCAGCAUCGGUUCUCAACAUAGUACAGGUGUGGAUGCAUGAGUGCAUGCGUACUUUCAGUGACAGGUUGUGCUCAGAGGAUGAUAGAAAAACUGUUGUGUCACUCAUAGCCAAGACAGCAGCAACACACUAUGGAAUGAAACUGGCUAAUGAAAUUGAUGGGGACAGUCAGCCAGCAGGUGAAAAUACAGACCCUGUAGAUCUGCCUAAAGAUCUAAACCAGCAAAGCCAAUUGCACAGCGCAUUAACUACGCCUGAAAACAUCUUUCAGCAACCGCAGAUUCUUCAGUAUUUGGAAGACACGAUGGCACAACUUGCGUUUGGUCCUGAUCUCUCUGAGGCCCUUAAGUCGAUAAAACAGCAACAAUAUUUUAAAUUUAGCCCUUCUUAUCAGGAGCAAGACCUUGAUACGCUAGUGCAAAAGCUGUGUGUACUCACGGACGGAAAAGAAGAAGGUGAAGGACCUGACUGCAGCAUCACAACCAAAUACAUUUUACACAGACAGAGGGUGAGUCAGUUGUUACACAUUAUCAGGGCUUUGCUGCUACCUCGAGGUCAUGGAGUGCUGAUUGGCUCAGAUAGGGGCACAGGCCGCAAAACCACUGUCCGUUUAGCUGCCCACCUUACAGGCUAUGAGUUAUUGGAGAUACAUGCUGGUAAUCAAAAUAAUCUUCAUGAAAUCCUGAAAGAAGCUGGGAAUAAGACUAGGUCGGAUGGAAUCAGUGUCAUCAUUCUGGUCCAUGAGGACAUCAGCCAGUCUGUCAGAGAAGAAUUACUGGUACCGAUGGCUCACGGUGCCUGUCCAGCACUCUUCACCGACGAAGAGCUGAGGGACCUUGUUUCCAGAAUGACUGCAGCAAAAUACUCACGAAGAUAUCUUAUGGACAACUGGAUGUUUGAGAAGCGUUUGAGUCAAGUCCACAGAAAUAUCCACAUAUUCCUGCUAAUGCCAUACAGCAUGUCAGAAAGCUCUGACAUACCUUCCAAAAAUGAAGCACAAAGCUGGGUUGGACAAAUGGCCAAGGCCCUCAGGCACAGCUGUUGUGUUGAGGUGUACCAGCCGUGGUCUCACCAGUCUUUGGUGGAAGUUGCUGUUCAGUGCCUCAAAACAAGCCCUUGUAAAAUGGUUCGAGAAAGCUCAGAGGCCAGCCUGUCUGUGGCUAUGGCAGGGAUCCAUCGGUCUGCAUUCCAGUAUGCUUCUGUCCUUCUAAGAAAUCAGCCUUUCAGUCCUCGGACUUAUAUGGAGUUCAUUGCCCACUUUGGUUACUUCUGCAGCCUCCUGCACAAGCAGUGCCAGGACAAAGCCAACAGAAUUGCUGCUGCUGUGUCUCGUUUGGAUGCAGUGAACAACAUAUCCAUGCAGCGUAAAGAGCACUUAAUAAGUGUGCAGAAGAUGGUUUCUGAAACAGACCAGCGUGAGAAAGAGCUCCUUCAAGCUGUAGAAGAUCAUAAGAAACUGUUUGAGGAAGCCUGUGAGAAGUGCGCUGCAGAGGAACACCAACUGUGUUACCUGAAAGAGCAGAUUAAUCAGGCUCAAAAACAGAUAAAACCUGCAUUCUUGUCAGGCCUUCAGAUUCUUAAGUGUUUGGAUCCAUCGGAUGUGGAGGAGGUGCGCCACUACAGAGACCCACCUGUGGGAGUUGUGCAAGUCAUGGAUGCUAUUUGUUUGCUGUUUAGUCAUCCACCGGGCUGGGAAAGUGCUAAACAACUUCUUUCCCAAGCAGACUUUUUCCAGGAACUGGAAUAUUUUGACCGCUACAACCUGACGAAUGAACAGCUGCAAAAGCUUGGGCAGAUAGUUCACAGUCCCCAGUUUGUUCCUGAGGCUGUGCGAGAGGUCAGUAAGGCCUGCGAAUCCCUCUGUCGAUGGGUCCAGGCUGUGUAUGAGUACUGCUGUGUUCAGCAGCGAGUGUUCCUAAAGCAGCAGUUGGAGGUUCAGGCUGCAGAGACGAGAAGUCGGUUGAAUCGAGCCGAGCAGCGCAAGCAGGAGGUAUACAGCUCACUGGAGGCCACUGAGCUUCAUCUGCAGUGUGUUCAAAAUGACCUAAUGGAACAACUGAUGCUGCUACACGAAGCUGAAAGUGCAGAGCAAGAAGCUUCUGCAUGUGCUGGGCAGAGUGAGACGUAUGGCAAAGUUUGGAGGGCUGUUGCUCAGGACACAGAGGUACGUAAUCAAAACGUGCCAGGAGACGCCCUCCUCUUGGCUGCGACCGUCUCGUAUUUAGGCCCUUUUGGACCUGAUACACGCACAGAACUGCUGCGCAAGUGGCAGACUCUGUGCCAGACAGGAAGCAUCGACAUAAACCCCAACGACCCCAGAACCUCUCUGUUUACACAGUUAGACACUGUACCUGGUUCCUUAUCUCUUGGUUUUCCCAUCCCUGUAACUGAGAGAUUGCAGUUGCCUUUGGGUCAGGCAUUAGGGAUGAAUGAGUGGCAAACUGAAGACACUCUCUCUGCCAGGCUGGUGGUUAAGCUGUUGCUUUGUGGAUACAGAAGUACCUACAUCCAGCAUUGGCCUCUACUAGUAGACAGCCAGCAACAUCUGGAGAUGAAUUUUCCAAAUAGUCUCAUCCCAGGAAAGAACACAAAACUUGAGGAAGAAAUAGAUUUUGGGAUGGUCAUUUGUGGAGAUGACGUGGAACUGGUGCACAAGCUGGACCAGGCUGCUGAGAGAGGUUUGAGAGUACUGGUUACUCAUGUGGAGCGUGCAAUCCCCAAUCCUCAAUUCCUGGCCAAGUUGUCACGUCCUGCUGGAUGUUACUUUCCAGGAUUAAAUCAACCUAUUCAGAUGGUCCAUCCUGAGUUUUGCCUCUUCCUCAGCACAUGUCUGCCGAUUAGACUACUUAACAGUGGGAUCCAUCCAUCUAUCUUGGCUCAGGUACGUGUGGUUGACCUUUCUCUGAGCUCAGAAGACAUCCCGGAGCUGAUGCUGACACAGCUGCCGCAGCCUGAGUGUAAAGAGCUGCUGAUUCAACACUUUCAAUUCCAGAAUUACAAACAGGAGCUGCGGGAGAAACUGGCCACAGAGGAGGAUGCUCUAAUGGGUUACAUCCUGCAGUCUAACACUGUCCUGCUGCAAGACCCGGAUUUUCUUCCCCGUGUAAAAGUUUGUCAAGAAGUGACGAAGAAGCUACAGGAUAAGAUGAAGCAGCUGAGGGAGCAGCUGGAGCACCAUGAGUCCCUGCUGGCAGUGCCUCGCCACUUCGUGAGGCUGGGUGCCGCUCUCUACCAGACCCUGCAGGCUGUGUCCAGUCUUUCCCCUGCCUAUUAUUUCUCCCUACAUGGCUUCAUCACUGUGAUGCAAGAAGCUUUCACUGGGAAGGACAGGAUAAUAGGGAAAGUUCCAGGGAGCAUAAUACAAGAGUUGAUAAACACGAUGGUAGUCAAAGUGCUGGUACAAUACAGGCCUUGUCUUUUCAAGACCCAUGCUGCUGUUCUGAAGCUGCUUGUGUCUUUGGCCUUGCUCCAGCACAAUCAGCUGUGCUCUGAGGGUGAGAGGUUGGCCUUCCUCAUAGGCCUUGGAGACACACAGCAUCCUGGGACUGAUUCAUCAUCCUCCAUCGCUGAUCUUCCCAGCUGGAUUUCCCCACUUAUCCACUCAGAGCUACUUCACUUGGAAAAGAUUCCUUCAUUCAGAGGCCUAAUUGCCUCACUCUGUGCUUCCCCGAAGCAAUGGCAGGAGUACCUUCACUUUCCUUCCACUACAGUGUUAGGGCCCGUUCCCUGUUGUUCUCACCGCCAUCUCUCUUUGCUGCAGCGGGCUCUCCUCUGGAAGACCAUGAUCCCCGACUGCCUGGAGGGACUAGCAGAUGCCAUAAAUGCCUGUCAACUCUGCCUGCCUCAAAAGAAAACAGAGACUGAAGCCCCUCUCAUUGGGAACCCAGAGGCAUUCUCAUUAUAUUUGGUCAAACAUAAGGAGCCCAUCAUUCUUACAUUGCCCAAUCCAAAUAGAGAUAUGCAGAUAAGCAUUGAGCCUCUUUGUUUAAUAAACCAGUUGGCCAAAUGUGUACCAGGAAAAAAAGAGGUUCAGGUGAAAGUCCUUUCCUUUUGGGCUCUCUGUGACAGAAAUCUCUUCCUUUCAAUGCUGGACAAAGCUGCUAAUGACGGCCACUGGUUGGUGUUUAACAACAGUCAUCUGUUAGAACAACUGGAUGAUGUCGUAGUGGCUAAACUCAGUCAUUUAAUCUCCUCAGUCAAAGAGAAACCUUGUCUGAUUCACCCCAGCUUCCGAUUGUGGUUUAUAACUGAAGAAAACACAUCACACCUCAUACCAGCGUCAGUGCGAAUGUGUGCUCUGCAUCUGGUCUGUGACUCUUCCUGGGAUGUGAAGGAGGAGCUGAGCUGUUCUUUGCGACAAGUGGCAUCCAUCAGUCAGCCACAGUCGGGUGUCAUGGCUGACAACAAGUCACUCCUCCGCUGCGCUAUCUUUCACUCUGUCUUGGUGCAGCGACAGACCUACAAGUAUUUAGGCCAGGGCAGAAUCUAUCACUGGAGUCAGGAGGACCUUCAUGCUUUAGUGGAUGCAUAUAUUCAUGUUGCCCAUCUGUGCCAUUACAAGACUAAGGUUUUGCAAUAUUUAGCAGUCAGUCUAGUGUAUGGUGGCCAUGUGACAGACUCUGCAGAUUUGGAGGUGUUGGAGGACAUUGCCAAGACCUGCUUCAAUACAGCUUCACGUCACUUGAACAGCGGACCGCACAUUCUUUCGAAACUUGUCAGAAGUUCUGGUCACUCUGAUUUGUCUGGACAGCUGCAGGUUGUGGAGCAGGGUCUCUGGGAAUCAGCAAACAUCAGCGAGCCCGUGGUGCUGGGCUUUAAUGCCGACAUAACGACUGAGAUAAUCAAGAUCAACAGCUACAACAUGACCAUGUUACUGCGGACCUCGCAAACUCCCCUUCGAUCAGUAAGGCGUUUUAGCAGCAAAGAAAAGCGGCUUGCUACGCUGCCAGCGUUCAAUGAUGCCAGAGUCAGACUGGAGGGUCUGAAGCGCUACCUCACAAGCAAGAAUGAAAGUGCAGUAACAAAUGCAGGAGCUCUUCCUCGCGGGCCUGUGCGUGACUUCCUCCAGGCUGAGUGGGAUGAUCUCAUUGACUCGGUGUCCUUGCUCCUCUCACAGCUGCAGCAGCCUGUUCAGUAUUCGCUGACCUUCGCUUCCCUCCUCAAGCUCACUGACUUGUCUGUCUUGGAGAGGAGGGCAGAGUUGGUCAGUGCAUAUCUGUGGCACCAUGAUGCUUCAGAUCCACCUGGUGCUUAUCGACUAUCUGCUUUUAAAAACGCCAGAGGCCUGCUGGUGGCAGUGAUGAGAGAGGCUGCUCAAGUAAAUCGUAAAUAUAUCACUGAUAUAAUUCUACAGUUCCAGGUUCUGUCUUACAGCACACACCCCGUCUCACUUCCUGUGGAUGCUGUGUAUUUGUGUGGCCUGGAACUUAAAGGGGCAUCAUGGGAUACACAACUGCAAGUCCUACAGGACACUGUCUCUCCUCAGUCUUGCUCAGUACCACUUCUUUGUGUUAAAGCUCAAGUGAGGAGCACGAACAGUUCCCAUGAUACAGCCCCCUGUAAAAGUUCAUAUUUAAUGGAUAACAGGAAUGUUCACUGUGCAGCCGUCGUUCCCUUAACUACCCCUCAGGUACCAAUCUACCACUGCCCACUCUAUCUGGACGAAGGGUUGGAGAGUGGAAGCUCAGGACUGGCUGAUGUUAGCAUUAUCACAAAAGUUCCCCUUCAUACCAAGCUAGAUCCUCUUCUGUGUAGUUUGAGAAGGGUGAGACUAGUGAGUAGACUCUGACUGUACUCAGCUGCCUUAUCUGCUGUGAUUGUUAAAUGAACUGAUGCAAAGACUGUAGUUUACAGUAUGUCAUGAGGACUGAUGCUCCUGUGAUUUUAUGUGAACCUUCAAAUAAAUUUAUAAAUCCA